UCCCCCCCCAUGAUGGGUAGACAAGAAAAGAGAAGUGGAAUGUAAAGUUUUGGGGAGCUCCUCUGAUGCGACUUUACUGCUGUUCUGACUCUCCCAAGAUGUACAUAGACAAAUAAUGGAAGCCCCUGAAUACCUUGAUUUGGAUGAAAUCGAUUUUAGUGAUGACAUCUCUUACUCUAUAACAUCUCUCAAGACCAUCCCAGAAUUAUGUAGAAGGUGUGAUCCCCAAAAUGAAGACAAACCAGCAGGAGUAAGAUUAACCAUAAAUCUGCUUACAUACAAAUGCAGCAUGUUUUCAGUUUCCAGCACCAGCUGGAGCUGUGGCGUUUCAACUCUUAUUGGAAAUGCACAAAAACCGGGAGGAAUUACAGAUAUGUGCAAUAAGUUCAGACCAGUGAAGAGGGUUUCCCCACUGAAGCACCAGCCAGAUUGCUCUGAAAACAAUGAAAGUGAUGACCAAAAGAACCAGAAGGGGGAGUAUCAGAAAAGUAGUGAUUCUCACUCUGCACCUGAGAACGAUGAUCAGUGCCCAGGAGAUGGAGAGAACCUUAAAAGUAAAAGUGUUGAGGCCGGAGUUCUGCUUGGGGAGCUGGAGCACUAUGACCUGGAUAUGGAUGAAAUUUUGGAUGUGCCUUACAUUAAAUCAAAUCAGCAACUUGCUGCUUUUACUAAGGUGGCACCAGAGAAAAAGAUUUUGGGUGUAUAUUCAACACUGAAUGGCCUUAGUGGCAAGACCAGCUCUGCAGGGAACACUGAAAACUUGCCAGCCAGCACAACACAGUUUUGUGUUCUGUCCCCUGUGAAAAACUCUCAGUUGAGAAAAAUGCAGCCCAUUGUCCUUGAUCAGCACAAGCAUUUAAAUGAAGAACUGGAGCUUUCCCAGCCUCUACUUAAAUGUAGUUCAGUCCACGAACCUGAGUCCCAAAGCAAGGGCUUCCUCAGCAGAACAUUUGCUGAUCCCCAGGCUCAUAAAACUGAGAAGACCAUGCCAAACUGCCAGCUGAGGACUUUUCAUCUGCAGACUGCAGUGACAGAAAACAAACUUGAUGACCUGAACAGUAAUAUAAACUGGAACAGUGUAGGAGGCCCAGAAGAAAGGAGUGAAGAUGUGAAAAAAAUUAAAAGUAUCCUAAACAUUGUGAAAGAAGGGCAGAUAUCAUUAUUGCCACACCUGGCAGCAGACAAUUUGGACAAAAUUCAUGAUGAAAAUAACAACAAUCUCUUGCACAUAGCAGCAUCACAGGGACAUGCUGAAUGUUUGCAGCAUCUCACUUCUUUGAUGGGGGAAGACUGUUUGAAUGAACGGAACACUGAACAACUAACUCCAGCUGGGUUAGCAAUAAAGAACGGUCAGUUGGAGUGUGUACGGUGGAUGGUGAGUGAAACGGAAGCUAUUGCCGAAUUGAGUUGUUCUAAAGAUCACCCAAGCCUUAUUCAUUAUGCAGGUUGUUAUGGUCAGGAGAAAAUCCUGCUUUGGCUUCUUCAGUUUAUGCAAGAGCAAGGAAUAUCACUGGAUGAAGCUGACCAGGAUGGUAACACUGCCGUUCAUGUAGCAGCCCAACAUGGUUACCUAGGGUGUAUACAGACAUUGGUUGAAUAUGGAGCAAACGUCACUAUGCAAAACCAUGCUGGAGAAAAACCUUCACAAAGUGCUGAGCGACAUGGGCACACCAUGUGUUCCCGUUACUUGGUCGUUGUGGAGACAUGCAUGUCAUUGGCAUCUCAGGUUGUGAAGCUAACUAAACAACUGAAGGAGCAAACAGUAGAACGUGUGACAUUACAGAACCAACUCCAGCAGCUUCUAGAGGCCCAGAGAACAGAGAGCAUAUCACUACCAACAUCCCCAAGUUCACCAUCAUCUCCUGCUUCUGGCAAACCCCAGUGGAAACCAUCUGAUUCAGAUGACUUGUCUGUAUCGAAAAGUAAAUUGAACACCCAAGACGGGAUUCAGAUUCUUGGCAGCGUGGGAACUGCCAACCGCACUCGGUCCAAGAUGAAAGAUGAGGAUUCAGAUAAAAUCCUGCGCCAGUUGUUGGGGAAGGAAAUCUCUGAGAAUGUCUGUAUGCAGGAAAAGCUGUCAUUGGAAUUUCAGGAUGCUCACGCUUCCUCCAAGAACAUAAAGAAAAUUCUGCCAGAGAAAAGGGAGCUGAAGUUAGCCAGACUGAGGCAGCUUAUGCAGAGAUCCCUGAGUGAGUCUGAUACAGACUCAAAUAAUUCUGAGGACCAGAAGAACAUUCCUGUGAAAAGAACUGACAAACCAAGGCCGCAACCCAUUGUGGAAAGUGUUGAAAGCGCAGAGAGCUUGCACCUGAUGAUUAAGAAACACACUACAGCAGCAGGGCGCCGGUUUCCCUUUGGCAUUAGAGCUUCCAAGUCCGUGGAUGGCCAUAGUCCAUCUCCUACUUCAGAAAGCAGUGAUCCAGAUAAUGAGUCUCAGUAUCAGUCUGGUACCAUAUCUCAGAGCCAGGUUUCUGGAGAUACCUGUCAGUCCAACUCUGACAGUGCCACUGUUCAGAAGGUUGCUACAAGUCCUAAGAGCGCCCUCAAGUCCCCUUCUUCAAAGCGCAGAACCUCCCAAAAUUUAAAACUGAGAGUAACCUUUGAGGAGCCUGUGGCACAGGUGGAGCAAACAGAGAUUGAACUGAAUGAGGAAAAGGAUAAAGACCGAGGCAAAUCAGUCCAAAGGGCUCCACUCAACACCGAAGCUGGGGAGCAGUUGAAAAGGCCAUUUGGAACAUUUAGAUCCAUAAUGGAGACUCUGAGUGGCAACCAAAACAACAACAACAACAACUGUCAAACAGCAAAUCUGGUCAAAACCUCAUCAACAUUGCCAUUUACCUCAUUAGGAAGAAAGGCUGCAGAAAGCAAAGGGAAUCCGACCACUCCUAUUAAAGGAAAAAAUAAGACAGGGCAUUACUCCAGUUACACCAAUCUUUCUUCUAGCACAUUGAUUGAAGAACACCUCUAUAACUAUGCUUGGCAUAACAACAUCAACAGGAAAAGGCAGAAAUCUUACAACCAAAAAAGAAUUGAAGAGCCAGAGUUACAGGAGCUCUUUCUUUAAAUUAUAUCUCAUGGUGUCUCACUGUCUCCCUUCAAGCGUGAUUUGAAAUGCCUGAACUAUAUCCUUUUAAAACACUAAUACGAGACACAACUCUCACCAGCAAAACAACAGACUGUUAGGAUGCCUUAAUUUGUAGCAGCAAGACCAUAUACAAACCCUUUUUUAUGAUAUUGUGUUAUGAUAUUGAACUUGUUUGCAAUGUCCAGUGUUUAAAGGCAUGAGUGAGUAAAGUAAUGGUUUGGAAAUUAUAAUAACACAGGCAACCUCUAGAACAUUCAUCUGGCCCCUGAGCACAUUUUGUACUUCAUCUAUUGCAUGGAUAAACUGUAAUAUGACUAUAUUUCCCUUUCUUCAUGACAUACUGUAAAAAUUUCAGUCAGGACUCUGCCUGAUUGGCUCCUGGAUGAGACCAAGGCAGUAGCAUUGUUUUUGGGUUUUUUUGGUCAAGUAUGUUUUGUCUGUUGUUUCUGUUUUUUGUAUAAAGGAAAUAAAAACAGUGUUCAUAGCAAUAUACCAUGUGUAUGUGCCCAGGCACUUCUGAGAUGCGCUCUUGUCACCUUCCAACUUCCCACUUUUAUAGUGUUCAAACACCUAGACUUAAUGCAAUUAGGAAAAGUCAAAUAAUGUCCAAAAUCGGUAUAACAUUUUUAAUGGAUUUUUCUUGUUUUCAAAGAAAAUUCAGAGAUUAGAAAUGUGGAAAUAAAUGUGAGAAUUAACAUGUAUCAUUCUUUAUUAUUUGGCAAGUACUAGCAAUGGGCUGUAUGCUGUACAAGCAUUAGACAUAGUCUCUGGCCUGAAGCCCCUGCACUCUGUUAGGCCCGGUUUCAAAUAUUUUCAAAAUCAAGUAUCUUCCUUUAAAUUCAACAUGAGCUAGCUCAGACUUUGAAAGCCAGCACAAGUAACAUAAGACACUCUGAGCAAUUCAGAGAAGCACAGGUCAGGGCUAUAUUGUUAAUGUCAUCUCAAUUUUUGCUUUUUAAACAGUGUUGCGUUAAAGAAGGCUAUUAGUGGCUUUUUACGGGUUAGUGUUUUAGAGCUUCAUGGAAGAAGUCAGUCAUUAAGUCUUCAUUAAGUUCACUUUUAGGUUUCUUAUACAUCAUCCAAACAUUACAUUAGGCAGUCCUUAAACUUUGCAGUCCUAAAGGAGACUGGCCAACAAUGGUUAAAUUAAUCAUUUUUCUCUCCUUUUCAUCAUUUCUUAUCAGCUGUGCCACCUUGGCUUGGUGGAAAGAUUUUAAUACCUAACAUUGGGUUUCCACAGGGUU